AGCGCAGUUCAAACAAGCAUGACAGCGGCGCUUCGAAAGCUGGACAAGUCAUUAUCCAGCAGCACAUCACUAGUUUGCUCUUAUGAGACCCUUGCGCUCCGACUUCUUCACGAUCAUAAGAUCAAGUAAAGGUGCGGAUGGGCUUUCCCAUUUCACACGGCCAUACACUGAGGUGUCUAAUUGCCUUCAGCUCAGGGCUGUCCAUGUGAGAAGAGAAUCUGAGAAGAGAAGGGCAGACACUUAAAGAGAGAGAAGAGUUUCCCACAGAGCAUGGCCUCUGCCAAAGAAGAUGGCCAGGAUGAAAGACCAGUGGACAUUAAAGUAGAGGACUGUGAGCGGCUCACACCAGAGGAUGUGCGUGUGAAGCUGGAGGAUCACGACAAAAGAAUUUCAGUUUUUAAAGAGGAGUGCAAGGGGGUGACUGCUGCCAUUAAAGCUGAGGAUUUGAAUGAUUUCUCCGUUGGUCUUGAAUUUCAAAAGCAUGAAACAACUGAGGAUAUUUUCAAGCAAGAUGCCUGUGAAGAAUCUCCGUCCAGUUUAGAGCUCUGGUCCACUAAUACAGGACUACUGGCUAUGCAGGAAAAUUCUGCAGAGCUGAAAUCAGAGUUAUCAGAGUCUGAAGUGAAAAUCACUGAGGGAAAUGGGAGAGAAGGAGAAGAGUCACCUGGGAGUGUUGGAAUGGAUUUACAGAAGAAUGGCAGCUUCACUCCACCUUCAUUUGGUCGGCCCUCUCUUCAAUACACUGAGAAAAGUAUGAAGAAAUCAGCAAGAGAAUCAGAGAACCUGACGGCAGCCUUUUUGCAGUGCAGUUCUCUCCCUGCUACUGGACCAACACAGACAGAAACCAUCAAAACCAAUCGACAACAAGUGGAGAAAGAAAUCCAAAUUCAUACUGGAAACAAAUGUUUGGAAUGUGGCAAACAAUUUGAACACAAAAGUAAUCUUAAUAAACAUAUGAAGAUUCACACUGGAGAAAAACCUCAUUGCUGUCCAGAAUGUGGUAAGUCAUUCUUAAGGAGAAGCCAUCUUCAGAGUCACAGAAGAAUCCACACAGGAGAAAAACCUCAUUGCUGUCCAGAAUGUGGUAAGUCGUUCUCAAGGAGAAGCAAUCUUCUGAUACACAGAAGAAUUCACACAGGAGAAAAACCUCAUUGCUGUCCAGAAUGUGGUAUGUCGUUCUCAAGGAGAAGCAAUCUUCAGACGCACAGAAGAAUCCACACAGGAGAAAAACCUAAUUGCUGUUCAGAGUGUGGUAAGUCAUUCUCCAGUAGAAGCUAUCUUCAGAGGCACAGAAAAAGCCACACAGGAGAAAAACCUCAUUGCUGUCUAGAAUGUGGAAAAUCGUUCUCACGUAUCAGCAGUCUUCAGAGGCACAGAGGAAUCCACACAGGAGAUAAACCUCAUUGUUGUCCAGAAUGUGGUAUGAUGUUCUCAAUCAGAAGCGUUCUUCAGAGGCACAAAAAAAUCCACACUGGAGAAAAACCUCAUUGUUGUCCAGAAUGUGGUAUGAUGUUCUCAAUCAGAAGCGUUCUUCAGAGGCACAGAAGAAUCCACACGGGAGAAAAACCUCAUUGUUGUCCAGAAUGUGGUAAGUCGUUCUCACGUAUCAGCAGUCUUCAGAUGCACAGAAAUAUCCACACAGGAGAAAAACUUCAUUGUUGUCCAGAAUGUGGUAAGUCGUUCUCACGUAUAGGCUAUCUUCAGAAGCACAGAAGAAUCCACACAGGAGAAAAACCUCAUUGUUGUCCAGAAUGUGGUAAGUCGUUCUCAAGGACAUGCCAUCUUCAGAGGCACAGAAGAAUCCACACAGGUUAAAAACCUCAUUCUUCUUUAUCCACAUGACAAAAUCCAUACUAAAGAAAAAUCUCAUUGCUGUUCUGAAUGUGAAAAACGAUUCUUAUAUUUAAGCACACUUUACUGCCACAUCAGAACUCAUACUGGAGAUAAACCUUAUUGUUGUCCUGAAUGUGAUAAGCAGUUCUCACAACAAAGCCCCAUAAAAAGUCAAAUCAGACGUCACACCAGAGAGAAACCUCACCUUUGCUUGGAAUUUGGCAAACAAUUCUCGCACCUUAAUUCUCUGUAUAAGCAUAGGAAAAGUCAUACUGGAGAGAAGCCUUAAAGUUGUACUGAAUGUGGAAUGUGCUUCUUAUAUAACAGUUCUCUUCACAAACAUAAAAUAAUUCAUUCUGGUAAGAAACAAAGCUGUUCUGACUGUGCCAAGCUUUUCUCAGACAGCACGACUCCUAAAAAUCACAUGAGAAUUCACGUUGGAGAGAAACCUUAUUGCUGGCCAGAGUGUGGAAAACGAUUCUCACGUCAAACCAUACUUAGGUGCCACAGAAGGAUCCACACUGGAGAGAAGCAGUACACCUGUUCUGAAUGUGGUAAAGGGUACUCUUCCAGAAAAAGUUUUCAGACACAAAGCCAUAUUGGAGUAAAGCCUGUCCCAGAAAUGUCAAAUGAUCUUCCCAUUGGAUCUUCAGGCAAAAAAAAAAAGAAGAAAAAUCUUUUGAAUGCGGUAAAGGAGUCCAGUUGAAAGUAGUUAAUAAGCACAUAAGAAUAGUGAAGAAAACACUGAAGGUGGCAAACAGAUCGUAGAGGUAAGGUAACCUCAGAGCCACAUGUGAACUCACACUGGAAUGGACUCAUUGGAGUACAACACAUAUUUCACAAACAGCAAGAAUCUUCUUCAAGAACUUCAUUGUUGUCCUAAAUGUGGUUAAUGCUUUUCAGACAGAGGUGGUCUUCAUUGUUCUGAAUGUUGAAAGUGGUCCUCCUGCCGUCUUCAGCAACACGUAAGAUUUCAUUAGGGACUCAGAAACUGUACUGCCAGGGUUGUUAGCCAUACAGAGACUGAUCAUCUCUGCACCAGUGCUGUGACAUAAGAUGGUGAACAAUACAAACACCAGACAACAGAAUGAGGUAGCAACAGUACUGUGCGGUGAUAACAACUUCAGCCACAGAACACAACUGAAAAAGUUCAAU